AGUCCUCACUCAAGCUAAGUUCCCCUCUUGUAUCCUCCAUCUCCUGGAACCGUCACCCCCUAUCAUCACUCCGGCCGCGCCUCUAUAGUCAACAUGGCGCCCUUCGCACCAGACGCGCCCACCAAGCAGCCUUCUCCACCUACCUUGUACUCCUUCAAGGACUCGGACGAGCUCUCCAGCAGCCUCGCAGCCUUUGUUAUCAAGGCUCAAAAUGAGGCCAUCGAGCGCAGAAACAAAUUCACUGUCGCUACCUCGGGUGGUUCUCUUCCCAAGAUGCUUGCAAAAGAGCUUGUGAACAGGACGGAUAACGCUUUGCGAUGGGAUAAGUGGGAAAUCUUCUUUGCAGACGAGCGGUUGGUGCCUCUGGACCACGAGGACUCCAACUACUACCUCUGCGACAAGGAGUUCUUCUCCAAGGUCCCUGAGCUCAAGAGGUCUCAGAUCCACACAAUUGACGAGUCUCUGCUCGAAGACCCAGAGGAGCUGUCAGAUGCGUACGAGAAGGAGCUCGUCACCGCCUUUGCCGGCAAGGCGAGCGUCAGGAAUCCCGUCUUUGAUUUAAUCCUGCUGGGUAUGGGCCCCGAUGGACACACAUGCAGUCUGUUCCCUGGACAUGAGCUGCUCAACGAAAAGGACCGAUGGGUCGCACCUAUCGAGGACAGCCCUAAGCCUCCUGCCAAGCGGAUUACUGUCACUUACUCUGUGGAUAGGAGCUGUCGAAGCAGUGCUGAUGUCGCCGAAUCCUUCUUCUACGCACAGCUCAACCAUGCCCAUCGAGUGGCCUUUGUCCUCGCUGGAGAGGGCAAGCAGGAGAUGCUGUCAAAGGUGCUCGACCAGCCGGAGCUGGGCCUCCCCGCCUCGCGCGUGAAGCCUGCGCCCCCCGGAGACGUCUACUUCAUCACCGACGAUGCUGCAUCGAAGACGACCAAGUAUGAGAGGAGCGAGUUCAAAUUGUAA